UCAAUCCUGUUGUGGAAUCUUUAAUUUUCUCCAUCAUUUGCAAAAGUUAAAUAAUUUUGAAGAAAAACAUCUAGAUUAAGUUUUCCUUACUAAAUAACCAUGAAUUUGAAGUGUUUUACGUUUGUGCUAUUGCUAUGUUCAGCAAUAGUACUGCAAACUGCCGAUGCCAGACAAGCCAAAAACGCUAACAAUCGCUAUAAGUUGUUCGAGGGCAGAGUUAGGUCGGUGGGACGUUUGGAAAAUGUUGCUGCACAGGGACGUUUUACAACUGCCAUGAUGAAUAAAUUUAAUGCAUUAAAGGGUACAACAACUACUACAACUGCUGCUGUUGCUGAUCCAACUACAACUACUGUGACUACGACACCACCAACAAUGCCAACAACUCCCACAGGUAUAACGACUCCUCCAACUCUCACAACUCCUACAACACCUACAACGCUUGUUCCACCAACACCACCAAUGACACCUCCGCCUACUCCUCCCCCAACUCCACCAACAACUCCACCAAUAACUCCACCAACAACACCACCAACAACACCAACAGCAGGACCACCAGCAGGCCCACCAGCAGGACCACCAGCGGGACCACCAGCAGGACCACCAGCGGGAGCUCCAGCUGAUCCAGAUGGAGAUGACACAGCUGGAGGCGAUGACACAGCUGGAGGCGAUGACACAGCUGGAGGCGAUGACACAGAAGGUGGCGAUAAUACAGAAGGCAAUGAUACAGAAGGCAAUGAAACUGCUGAUCCACGAAACUUAAUCAACCUGCACCUUGACGAUUAUGACGAUGAUGAAUAUAACGAUGAUGAGUAUGAUAAUAAAGAAGAUAGUUUACUGAUGAAUAAGAAUGAUGACUCCGACGAUAUUGAUGACUUAACUGAACUUGGUCGUGCUGCUCGUGCCAAUCCUUCUCAGUGGAGACGUCGCAUGGAACAACGCCGUCGUCGUCAAAUGCAACAACGUCGUCGUGAAAGAAAUCGUCAACGUAGGCUUAUGCAGCAACGUCGCAACCGAUCACAACGCUCUAGACACCAAAGCAAACGACGUUCUAUGCAACGCGCACAAAGACGUCGCCAACAAUUAGAAUAUCGCAGACGCAAAGCAGCCAUGCGCAGACGUGCCUUUUUAAAGAAAUUGCAGAAACAACAAAAACGUCGCCGUAAGUUAGCAGCACGCCGUCGCCGGAUUAUGCGACGCAACAACAAGAAACGUCGUGAGAAUAGACGCCGCCGUGAAAAACGUAUGCGUCGUCGCAUGCAACGUAUAAAACGUAAACGCAACCGUUUAAAUAACAGACGUCGCUUGCGCCGUUUCUACAAUCGUCCUGGUUCCAGACGCAUCAUAAGGGUUAAUGUAUAAAAUACGACAGAAACUGCUAUAAACGAAAACAAUGAAAAUAAAUGGAAAAUCUAAUAGAAAA